AUGGCAGAUUCUGACUCUGUGUGCUCGACAAGUGAGUACAGUGUUUGCGUCUGCGUUUUCCCGCUCCCUACUAACCCAGUUCCAGCACCUAAGAAAAACGUAAAGAAAAUGGACUUGGGCGCCUUUUUGGCCGACGACUCCAUCGGAGGCCUGUGGGCGGACGAGGAGGUCGACAUGUCGUCCAUUGGCGUUGCCACCGCCAGCGCCGUGCCCACUGGCAGCUAUUCUCGUGAAGAGCUGGAGGAUUACCCCAGAAGAGAAAGAACCGAAUACCCAGUGCCUGACGCUCCACCAUACAAGGCCCGUGUGGCCAACUUGCCAUACGACGCCAGCGAAGAUGCGUUGGCCCGUUUUUUCGAGGACAGAUUGCAGGCCAGAGACAUUGUGGAGGACGUGAAGUUGCCUAUGGACAUGAUGUCUGGAAGACCAAAGGGUUUUGCGUUUGUCACUUUCACCGAGCGUGAGGUGUUGGAAGAGGCGUUGCGCUUGACCAUGUCGGACUUCAGCGGCAGAAAGAUCUACGUGAAUGUGGCUGCUCCACAAAAGGCUGACGUUUUCGACAUGGACUGGAGAGCCAACAGAACCGGCCCAAUUGGCGGAGGAAGAAGAGAGGAACCAGACUUGGACUGGGGCGCAGCAAGAUCUUCUGGUCCUAGAGAGAGAAAGCCAAGAAGAGAAGAACCAGACUUGGACUGGGGUUCGGCCAGAGGCAGCGGUGUUUUGCCUCCAAGAGAAAGAAGACCAAGAAGAGAUGAACCAGACUUAGACUGGAGCUCUGCCAGAGGUAGCGGUGUUUUGCCUCCAAGAGAAAGAAGACCCAGAAGAGACGAACCAGAAUUGGACUGGGGUUCCGCCAGAGGCAGCGGUGUUUUGCCUCCAAGAGAACACUCGAGAAGAGAGUUCCGCAAGAAGGACGAAAAGGAGUUCGAUUGGAAGAGAGGCCAGGCUUUGGAGCCUAGAGCCAAGAAGGCUGCGCCAAAGACUGCUGAAAAGGAAAAGGACCAGCCGAAGCCACAAAAGUCCUUGUACGAUGUCUUGUCUCUAGACGAUGACUCGGAGGAAGAGAAGGAAGAAGAAAAGAAGGAAGAGCCUGCGGAAAAGACCGAAACCGGUCUUGAAGACAAGGUGGCCAAUUUGACGGUGGAAGAAGGUUGGGAAACCGUGGGCAAGUAG